AUGUUCAAUAGCGAAGCCAAGUUUGGGCAAUACCUCUUUCAAGGGUGUAUUAACCUUGCUGAGUUUACCUUAAGUGAGCUUCCAUCCCCCCGAGGGUCAGCACUGCAAGCUAGGACCGGUGAGUUAACACCGGGCUGUCUUAGCUCUACGGGAAUCACCGCACUUGCUCUCACAAAGCAUUUUGUAGCUAUCGGAGCGCAUGCAUGCGACAGUUGCCGACUGCUUAAGAGUGUAGACCUUUGCAACACCAAUGUUGAGGAAAUUCCGGAAUUCGCCUUUGUGCACUGCACUAGUCUCAGAGAAGUCCUCCUUCCGACAACUCUCCAUACAAUCCGAGUCAAAGCCUUCAUGAACUGUGCAGCCCUAGUUGAGCUUGCCAUCCCGCCCUCACUGAGGUACAUUGGAAGUAGGGCCUUCCUAGAUUGCACUGUCUUUAGUAGGCUUGCCAAGAUGCCAGGAAGGCAUAAAUGGCGAGGAGUCUAUGCUGAAGAGAAUGCUUUCGCCAUUUGUCCUGCUAUGCGAUGGCCACCCUGGCUGCAUAUGAUCCCGGACAUGGGGUAUACCCCUGGUCUUGGAUGA